UCUCACCCACGUAGAGCACGAACCACACACACCCCAAUCCUACGGCGACGAUGUUGGUGCUGAGCCAAGCUCCGAACGGCGCUCUCUCGGCGCGGCGGUGCCCUUCCCCUGCACCUUCCUCCCUCCUCCCCAAACCCUACUCCGCCUCUCCCCUCUUCUCCAAACCCACCCCCAAAUUCCCCCUCCGAAACCCUAGAAUCGGAAGAAGAGGACGAAGCCCCCCUCCUCCUCUCACUCCGCGCCUCUCCCUCUCCAGCGCCGACGACGCCGCGGGCCCCUCGACUCGCCCCCUCCCCUCCGCGGCGGAGCACGGUGGCGGCGGCGGCGGCGAGACCGUCUUCGUCGGCGACGACGAGGUCCCCUUGGAAGGCGUGAUCCAGUUCGAGAAGCCGCGCGGGGUCUCGUCCAAGCUCCUCUCCUCGGCGCAGGUGGGUCUACUGGCUGGUGGGGAUGUUCUCUGCCUCCUUAUUUUCUCGGCUGUUGGGAGGUUCAGCCAUGGGUUUGCUGUUCUUGACUUUGAGACUUUGAAGACUGCAGAUCCUUUCAUUGCUGGGUGGAUACUGAGUGCCUACUUUCUUGGAGCUUAUGGGGAUGACGGGAAAGGGAUGAAUGGUUCCAUGAAAGCCAUUACUGCUGCUGCUAAGUCCUGGGCAGUUGGAAUACCGUUAGGAAUUAUCAUCAGGGCAGUAACAUCAGGUCAUAUCCCGCCAAUUAACUUUAUAUUGGUAACCAUGGCAAGUACCGGGGUCUUGCUUCUUGUAUGGCGAGCACUUGUUUCCAACCUUCUUUCUGGUAGGCAAAGCAAGCAAAAUGAUGUCUAUCGGCAAGGGAGCCCAUUUGAACUCUUUGAGUUGCUUACGUCUUUGGUGCGGAGGUGGUGAUCUUCAACCUUCUCAUCCUAACUAGGGUGAUUUUUGUUUUUAUAUAUCUUCUAGUAAUUGUUGUGCAACACUUGCUUUGCAAACUACAUUUUGCAGCUGUAUUAGUUUCGGAAUGUACUUAAAAAGCGCAAGAAACAGCUAUUUUGCUUUUAUUAAAGCGAAUUGAGGUCUAAUAUUGCUGGGGUU